AUGGAACUACCGAGAGGUACAGCUAAAAAUCGAGCUUUGCGCGAAAAUCUUUUUGUUCUUCUUGUAUGCAUUGUUAAUCGAAUUCCUGUAGUACUAUGUGGAAAACCAGGUUGUAGUAAAACAUCAGCUGUUCAAAUUGUUAUUAGUAAUCUUAAUGGAAAAAAAUCUAGGAGUUCAUAUUUUCAAAUAUUACCCGAACUUAUUACAGUUUCAUAUCAAGGUUCACAAAAUUGUACAUCUGGUAGUAUUGAAAAAGUAUUUGAACGAGCUGGAAAAUAUCAAAAAGCUCAAUCAGAAAGUCAACUUUUACCAGUAAUAGUUUUCGAUGAAAUUGGUCUAGCUGAACUUUCACCACACAAUCCAUUGAAAGUUCUUCAUGCUGAACUCGAAGUUGAAACAUGUCAAUAUGGUUUUGUUGGUAUAUCAAAUUGGCGAUUAGAUGCAUCAAAAAUGAAUCGAGUACUGUACAUAAAUUGUCCCGAUCCAGAUAUUAAUGAUCUGAAAAUAACCGCUAAAUCAAUUGCAGAUGGUAUGUUAUCUGGACAAUUAGUAAUACCUAACUUAGAUUCAAUUCUGGAUGGUCUCGCUAAAGCCUAUCAUCAAUUAUUUGUUACUCUUAAAAAUCAGCAACAUAAUGAAUAUUACUUUGGUCUACGUGAUUUCUAUUCUUUGGUUAAAGGUGUUCUUAAUGAAGCAAAUAAUGCUAUGAAUAGUAUUGAUGAAGAUCUAUUUGCUAUUAUACAUCGACAAAUGAAAAUAAAUUUCGAUGGUAUUAUUGAUGGAUCAGAUUUUAUGUGGAAAGUCUUUUGUCAGAGUCUUAAUCAUACUGAACUUAUAGAAAAAUAUCCAAUACCAACUUUUCGAGAUCUUCUCAAUCGUCGUAUUAAAAUACAAUCAGGUCGUUUUUUAAUGUUAAUUGGUAAAAGUGAAAGUUCAUAUGAUUAUGUUGAACGAUAUCUUCAUUCGAUAACAAAAUGGUUACCAACAUAUGAACAUCCCAUUCGAACAUUAACCGGUAGUCAAAUGCCAGGUGAUCUUAUCUUGAAUAAAAUUUAUACUGAAACUUAUAGUUAUAGAGUACUUAUGGAUAUUAUUCUUCAUGUUGAGACAAAUGUAACAUUACUUAUGCGACAAUUAGGUCAUCUUCAUGAUAAUUUAUAUGAUUUAUUUAAUCAGAAUUAUGCAAUUUCUGCAAAAAAAACAAUAUUGUCGAAUUGCACUUGGUGCUCUUUAUCAUCCACGAUGUCUUGUGAAUGA